UGAAUCGUCAAAGGCGGAAGUUACUCCUUCUGUUUGUUGUUGCCUUGCCCUGUUGGAUCAUUACUAGACAAUUUUUAGUAGUAUGGCUGUUCCACCACAGUUAAAAGCCAUUCAGCAUCAUUACAGAACCGCGAUAGAGCAUGAUCAACGAGACCCGGUAAUAGCGUAUUACUGUCGUCUUUAUGCCAUGCAGACUGGGAUGAAACUGGACAGUAAAACCCCAGAGUGCCGUAAGUUUCUUGUGAAGCUCAUGGAUCAGCUGGAAAAGAUGAAGCAAGAGCUCAGCACCAAUGAGUCCAUCUCCCAGGAGAUUGUAGGCAACGCCCAUAUUGAGAACUACGCCUUAAAAAUGUUCCUUUAUGCAGACAAUGAAGAUCGCUCAGGUCGCUUCCAUAAGAAUAUGAUCAAGUCUUUCUACACUUCAAGCCUACUGUUUGACGUACUUUCUGUGUUUGGUGAGCUGUCAGAAGAGAACGUUCAACACAGAAAGUAUGCUAGAUGGAAGGCGACCUACAUUCACAACUGCCUAAAGAGUGGUGAGACGCCUCAGGCAGGCCCUAUCGGCAUGGAAGGGGAAGCAUAUGACGAUGAGUUCGGUGCUGAAGCUGGUGCUCCAUCUCACCCUACUCUCAGUACACCUCAGUCGCAUUCCUCCUCCAGUGCAGAUUUGGCAGACCAAGGAUCGUUGUCUAUACCUCCACCAAACUAUAGCACCAUCCAGGUUCCUCCUGGCUCUCACGCACCAGCAAACACACCUGCAGAUCUUCCAAAUACAGCAGCUGAGCAAACGAAACCAGUUCCUGUUCCUCGGAUUGUGCCGGUGGCUGAGCCCAUGCCUGUCAACAUCACCCAACAAGGUAAUGUGCGUCUCACACCGGAGGACUACACCCAGGCUCAGAAGUACUGUAAGUAUGCAGGCAGUGCGCUGCAGUACGAAGACGUCUCCACUGCCAUUCAGAACCUACAGAAAGCUCUCAAGCUUCUAACAACGGGCAAAGAAUAAGAGCUUUGUGUGCUUAUCACAGAUCAGGCCCGUCCAGCUCUGCUCAAGACUACUUAAUGAAACAUCUGUUCACAUUAGCGUUUCAACUGACUGCUCAGAAAUACAGAACAACAGAUGGGGAUUAGUGUGAUUAUCUUGCGUUCAUGUGAACGAAAUUACAUAAAUGACUUGUGGUGGGUUUAAAUGACUAGGUUGUUUUUUUUUAACAGCACUACUGUCUAGAAGUGCUAGGCUGUGUGUUCUCAUGCUGUGCUCUGGAUCCUCUACAACUUUCACAGGACAUAAGGCGACAAAUGAAUAAUAAAGACCCUACUAUUUACCUG